AUGACAAUUCCAUUUGGAUCGAUCCCUCGCUACCACACACCUUCUCUCCCUCUGUGGUCAUGCCUGCCCACGUCUCCACAAUUGCAUAAUGUACUAAUCCAACUUUUUUUUUUUAAUCAUUCGCAGUUAAACGAAUAUCAGGUGGUUGGCCGUAAGCUCCCCUCAGCUCAAGAAGUUGCCCCCAAGCUCUUCCGUAUGAGAAUCUUUGCUCCUAACAACGUUGUUGCCAAGUCUCGUUUCUGGUACUUCCUCAAGAAGCUCCGUAAGGUCAAGAAGGCUGCUGGUGAGAUUGUUUCCAUCAACCAAAUCUCCGAGAAGCGUCCUGAACAAGUCAAGAACUUUGGUGUCUGGAUCCGUUACGAUUCUCGCUCCGGUACUCACAACAUGUACAAGGAAUACCGUGAAAUGUCUCGUUGUGAAGCUGUUGAACACUGUUACCAAGAUAUGGCUUCUCGUCAUCGUGCUCGUUUCAGAUCUGUCCAGAUCAUUCGUGUUGCCGAAGUCAAGGAUGCCGAUGUUCGUCGUGCAUACAUCAAGCAACUCUUGACCCCCAAGCUCGCUUUCCCCUUGCCUCAUCGUCUUGCCAACGUCGAGAAGAAGCACCGUGCUCUCUUCGUCGCCAAGCGUCCUACCACCUUCUAUUAA